AUGAAAUUUGCAGAGCAUUUAAAUGCUCACAUUACACCAGAAUGGAGAAAACAAUAUAUAAAUUACGAGGAAAUGAAAGCAUUGCUCUAUGCAGCAGUAGAACAAGCACCAGCUGCAGAUAUAACAGAAUCACAUAUAUUAGAACGUUAUUUUAAUAAAUUUGAUGAACAAUUUUUUCAUUAUUGUGAUAAGGAGUUAGCAAAAAUAAAUACGUUUUAUUCAGAAAAAUUAGCAGAAGCAACGCGUAGAUUUGCAACUCUCAAUAAUGAAUUAAGUGAAAUUCUAUCUACUUCUGAAAAUGGACAAGGAAGUCAUAAAAUCCAUUAUCAUAAUAAUAUUUUGCAUAAAAAGCCAGUUUCAGCACGAAAACUUCAAGAAUUAAAAUUAGCCUUUUCUGAAUUUUAUCUUUUUCUCAUUUUACUUCAAAAUUACCAGAAUCUUAAUUUUACUGGAUUUAGAAAAAUAUUAAAAAAACAUGAUAAACUUUUAAAUAUAGAUCUUGGAGCAAAAUGGAGAGCAGAACAUGUAGAUACAGCAUUAUUUCAUACUCAUAAAGAUAUAGAUAGACUCAUUGCAGAAACAGAAGCAUUGGUUACCAGAGAUUUAGAACAUGGAGAUAGACAACGUGCUAUGAAACGUUUAAGAGUCCCUCCUCUUGGAGAACAGCUUUCUCCAUGGAUUACAUUUAAAGUGGGACUUUUUUCAGGAGCUUUUAUUGUUCUUCUUAUAGCAGUAAUACUUUCAGGUACACGUUACAGGAAUAAUAAUAAUUGGCGAGUUUUAUGUAGAUUAUAUCGUGGACCACUUCUUAUGAUUCAAUUUCUUUUUCUUAUGGGAAUCAAUGUAUAUGGAUGGAGAUCUUCUGGUGUAAAUCAUGUUUUAAUAUUUGAACUUGAUCCUCGAAAUCAUUUAUCAGAACAGCACAUUAUUGAAAUGGCUAGUGUGUUUGGAUUAGUUUGGUCUUUAUCAAUUUUAGGUUUUUUAUAUAGUGAAACAUUGGGAAUACCACCAUUUGUUCAACCUAUGUUGUUAUAUAUAUUACUAGCUUUGUUUUUGUUUAAUCCAACGAAAACAUUACGUUAUGAAGCUAGAUUUUGGGCACUCCGUGUAUUGGGUAGAAUAUUUUGUGCGCCAUUUUUUUAUGUUGGAUUUGCUGAUUUCUGGCUAGCUGAUCAACUUAAUUCUCUACAUACUGUUUUCUUAGAUUUUCAAUAUUUUGUUUGCUUUUAUGUACAAAAUUCUUCGUGGACCAUUGUCACUGAUGCGGAAACUUGUAUUAUGCGCGAACUUUCAAUGAGACCAUUUGUGGCUUGUUUGCCAGCAUGGUUCCGAUUUGCACAAUGUUUACGGCGAUAUAGAGAUACAAAAGAAACUUUUCCUCAUCUUAUAAAUGCAGCAAAAUAUGCUACUAGUUUUUUCGUUGUAGUAUUUUCUUACUUACAUUUAACUAAUGCUAAGUAUUAUGUAUUAUCUACUGAAAAUCCUUAUUUUUAUUUGUGGAUAACUGCAAGUAUUAUGAGUUCUUGUUUUACAUAUACAUGGGAUAUAAAAUUAGAUUGGGGAUUAUUUGAUAGUAAUGCAGGAGAAAACAAAUUUCUUAGAGAAGAAAUUGUUUAUUCUUCUCCAUAUUAUUAUUAUUUUGCAAUAAUCGAAGAUUUUAUACUUCGUUUUGGUUGGGCAUUUUCAUUAUCUCUUACUGAAAUGGGAUAUGUACAUGCAGAUUUAAUGGUUUCUAUAAUUGCACCAUUAGAAGUAUUCAGGUAAAUUGGAUCAAUUAGACUGGAUUUUAAACAUUCUGGCUAUCCUUCAACAAGUCGUUCAACACAAAACAUCGAAACAAUUCGUGAGAGUAUUGCUGAGAAUUAGAGGGACAUCAAUUUGGCACCGUGGUGAACAAUUGGACAUUUUGAGAAGUUCUCUACAGUAUUUUCACGAAACAUUUGUAUCUUCAUGCUUACAAAGUUCAAUUAAUCCAAGGACUGAAGCCUACUGAUACGCAAUAAAGCUCCUUGAUAGCGAAUAAAAUUCGUUGAAUGGAUUAUGGAAUAAUAACAAGUGAAUGCUAAUUUUUCGAACAAAAUCAUCUUCAGCAAUGAGGCUCAUUUUCAUCUUGAUGGAUUGAUCGAUAAAAUCGACAAAAUCGUCGUAUUUGGGAUUCAGAAAAUCCACAAGUGAUUG